UGGGCUCCUGGUAAUACCUAUAAAGAGACGCAAAACUCAAAGCCCAACCCUUACCCGUCUUCUUCUGCAUCUCAUGUAAGAGAGAGAGACUCAAGCAGUGUCGACGGCGAGUAUAGUUCCAUCCUCAGAUCAGUCACCGCCACUGCCGUCUUCACCGUUUCGGUUCUGAAGAGAAAAGGAGGGUUGAAAACAUUACGGUUUUCAUUCUCUCUCUCUCUCAGUUUGGGCUAGAUAUCUAAGAUGCGAAGCAUGGCGAGCUCAGUCUCUUCAAGAGGCAUCGCCGCCAUUGUCGGCGUCGGUCCCAAUCUCGGCCGCUCCAUCGCCCGUAAGUUCGCCCACGAAGGCUACACCGUCGCCAUCCUCGCCCGCGACCUCGGGAGAUUGUCGAGAUUUGCUGAUGAGAUAGCGAGGGAAGAGAAGGCACAGGUGUUCGCGAUACGCAUCGAUUGCUCGGACUCUCGAAGCAUCAGAGAGGCAUUCGAGGGCGUUCUCUCUCUAGGGUUUGUAGAGGUUUUAGUCUACAAUGCAUACAAACCCGUCCCUUUUCACCCUGCCAAUUUCUCAGACAUUCGCGUCGAGUCAUUCGAGAAAUCCCUGGCCGUCUCUUCCGUCGGUGCCUUUCACUGCGCCCAACUGGUGCUUCCGGGCAUGGUGGAGAGAAGAAAAGGGACGAUUCUCUUUACUGGGUGCUCUAUGUCCCUCAACGGCAUUGCUGGCUUCACUGAAUUAUGUUGUGGGAAGUUUGCUUUAAGAGCCUUAUCGCAAUGCUUGGCAAGAGAGUUUCAACCUCAGGGAGUACACGUGGCGCAUGUCAUCAUCGACGGCAUCGUCGGAGCACCAAGGGGAACAGCAACGACCUCGAGUUUGCCGCAGAAAUCGUUGGGCGGGGAGCACAAGCAGAGUGGAGGAGGAGGAGACGGGUCGAUGGACCCGGAUACGCUGGCUCACACCUACUGGCUCUUGCACAAUCAGGACCGGACUGCUUGGACCCAAGAGAUCGACCUUCGUCCAUCCAAUCCAAGAUUCUUCAAGAAUUCCUAAUACUACUACUUUCAUUAAAUUAAAUCACAUUUAACGUUUCCUUAAAAUUAUCUUUUUUACAUGUUUAAAUCUCCAGACAACGCACAUGACAACUACUAUGUGAUGCUCAGUGCCGUUUUAUAUGAGGGUGGUGCUUGAUUUAAUUUGAUUUGAUCUGUGUAUAACAUACAGGCAGUAUGUUAUUGUUUGCUCCGAAUUACAACUCUUGAUUUUCGACAGAAUAAGAGGAGGGGCAUUUUUUCAAUGUGUU